CCUCUUUCUCUCUGUAACUGUUCCACACGUUGUGAUUUAUUGCCUGGAGCCCACGUAGCACUUGAUCCGCUAUCCUCGACCAUCUGAAUUUUGCACCUCAUCUUUCCCAUCCAAAACUGGAAUCCCAACGUCCUCCGUGUGAACCGUCUCCUUUUUUCCACCCCCCUUCUCUUUUGUUUUGCAGAAGAAAUUUUCUAAUCCAUCAGUUCGAUCCUCAGAAAGGCCUGUUCUCGUUUCACUUUUUCUUCGUUGGGGAUGUCUUUUUACUUCACUUCACUUCUUCUCAGGUAAUAGAACUCGGUUUUCCUGCUUCCACAUAUCAAUAGUCGUCUCUCUGCAGAAUUUCCCUCGCCUCUUUUCCCCUUUUUCUCCCCUGAUUUUUUCGUUGCAGUGGGGCGCCUCUAUUCCUUGUCUGAACACGAAUUCUGGAUCUGCCAUCGUCAACCAAAUAGAUAGUCAGGGUUCCGUUUUCCUCGCACUUCAAAAAAAAAGAGAUUGAUCGCAGGACGAAGAGGGAGGAGCAAGGGAGAAAGGAACUAGAACGCUGAGUUUCUAACCGCGAAUCUUCUCCUUCCACCACCAUAACCAGAGGUUCGCUGUCCAUUUCUGACCGGCUUCAGAAAGAAAAAGAAGAAGAGGAAGAAAAUCCAAGUUGUCAGUCACCCAAAUUCAUCGAUUUCAAGCAAUCAAAAGACGAGGAAGAAGAAGCAAAGUAACCAAAAGAAACAGUGGAAGGCAGGUAAGAAGUAGGCAAAAGGAAAAUGUCGGGCGGCGUGGGUUCGGUGGCCGGCGACAUGCGUCUGCCGGACGACAAUGAGCCGCACGCCUCUUCCCCAGCGAACCCCUUGGAGAGCGCUUCUCGCAAAUUCCAUAUCCUUUCCUUCCGGCAACUUAACGUCCUGGCCAUUAUGAUCGUCCUCGGCGCCAGCGGCAUGGUCUCCCCCUAUGACCUCGCCUUCUUCUUCUUCUCCAUCGUCUACACCAUCGUCAUAGCCCGCAUCGCCUUCCCUUCUUCCGUUCCCCCCGUCCGCGUCUUCCGCAAGGGCAACAAGCUCCUCGGCGCCUACAUGGCGGUCGCGGCGCUCGUCGGGCUCAUCCUUCCGAUCAUCUACAUUGUGGAAGGCGUCGUCGACGGCGACCAGGAGGGGAUGAAGGCGGCUGUGCCGCACCUUUUCCUGCUCUGUGCCCAGGUACUGAUGGAGGGCUGGUCCUACUCCAGCCAGUUUUCGACCCCGACUCAAGCGUUCGUGCCAAUCUUCUACAACACCAAAAGGGUCUUCUCCAUCGUCGACUGGGUUCACGCAGAGCUCAGCAAAGAAUCCGGCGACGUGGGAUCCGUGCUCAGGCUGAGCAUCGGCCGGGGCCUCGCUUUCGCCAACUUGGCACUCUGGUGCUUCAACCUCUUCUGCUUCCUCCUGCCGGUUUACCUCCCCAGAACCAUGAAGGUUUACUUCCUAGGGAACAAGGAGAAGAAGGGCGCAUGAGAACGGAUCGAGCCGGCUGUUGUUGUCCAGUGGAGGGCUGGUUUUCUCUCCGAGUUUGCCUUCUUCGUCAAGUUAUGCUGAUUUUGGACAAGAACAAGAAUCGGAUUGCCUUUGAAGCGUUUUUGCCAAGUUUUGUCUAUUAUCUGUAAAGAAAGAACGUGACUUUGUGGCCAAAAUAAUACUCGUUC